UGUCCUGCCGAGUGCUACCCGGACGACGCACGCCUAGCCAAGGCCUUGGAAACCCUCGCAGCUUCGCACCACGAGGCUUCCUUUCUCGUCCCGGUCGGAGCUGUCAGGGCGGUGGACUGCCUGAGGGCCCUGUCGAAGGGCGGAAAGGCGUUGGUCAUCGCCGGGGAUAAGGGGUACGUCCACGACAGCGAGCUCGAGGGUACAAGAGAUCCACACCUGGCCGUUCACGGGUCCUUCUCUUGUAUGGUAAACUUCAAGUUGUUGCACCUCAUGUGCGAAGCGGAGGGCGGUUCUGUGCUUCACUCGCAGCACUUGGACGGGUUCAAGUGUUCGGCUAUGGCCUACGGACUCGACCCCAAGGCCUAUCCACAGUUCCGGAUGGCGUUCAAGGAGAGCACGGCCUGCUUCAGCCCGAACGGCUUUUCGUCCUUCCAGAGGCAGCUCAAGGAUGAGUCCAGGGGACUAGGACUACGCCCCGCCCUUGCCCUCUUGAGGCUUAGCCAACACGACCCCGAUGUGUUCUACAAGUUCAAGCAGGUGUUCAUCGACAAGGGGCCGUACGCGGGGGAGAAGCUACAGAACGACAUCCGGCGGGACGUGAAGCUGGUUCACGAGCUGUACUUUCCCCUGCAGCCUUCCAAGGAUGUCGCGUUCGAGAUCGGGCGUAUCUUCAUGGGCCUCAAAGACUUCGACUCUGCUGCAGAGCUCUUCAGAGAUUCCCAGAGAUAUUGCGGCGUGCACCACGUGAGCUGGUACAACAUGGGAGUCUGCUUCUUCUAUCUCCACCAUCUCGAUCAGGCAGAGAAGUGCUUCUCGGAAAGCCUGGCUCUUUGCCCAGACUACCCAGACGCGAUUAAGUGGAGACAGAAACUCGCCGACGUGAAGAGCUUUCUGGCGGGGAACGAGCCGCAACACCCCCAAGAGCAGCAGCCUCAAGCAGCGGUGUAGUGAGAGUCAACGGUGUACACAGCAGUGAUGACAGCUGAGCGGCAUGGCAUUUUCAUUGGGGCGAUGAAAAGUGUCUCGGGCUCUUGAAGCUUUGUCCCAGCUGGGGCUGCUUAGCCUUAAGAGUCGGCGUCAAGUAUAGGCACGGGCCCCCUUUUUCAUCCCCGACAGUGGACACGUACGACUCGAAAAGGGGAUCGCUUUCGUUUCAUUGGGCAACGUGAAGCUCAGUGCUUAGGGCCUUUCAUUCGGAGCCAUGUGCGCUUGUGUUUCGUGUUGCUUAGCUUCUCUCAGUACCAUACUUACAAGUAUGUGAUUGUGCUGUGAACAGGGCCGAGAACGGUAAUUUGUACACUCUGGAGUGAUAGGACGUGCCCUUGGGUCCUUCAAUGACGCGUCUUGGGGAAAAGCCUAGGUCCUUGAAGUAGCUUAAAUCGAUCCGCCUCUAAGUGGUGAAGAUUUGAGCGUACACAGGUGUUGAUACAUCGAAAUAACUCUCCCGACCGUGCUGUUGAGGGGUGGAGUAGAAGCGGGACUUGCUCUUUGUGUGUUUUGUGGAAUUCUUGACGGAUUCGGAAUGUCCGCGGGUUCACCCGUGCGUUUGUUGUCGGGACGAAAAUGUGCUCGUCUUGUGGUAAUUCGGAUAAAAUGUACGCGAGCGACGUAUUUGAUUGAUGCCAUGCUGCUUGACGUGGCAUCCGUAAACAGGGGGGUGGUAGGUGGCGCAUGCCGUUUGUUUCCCAAGCUGAGCGGUCCUUGUAAAUGGCGUAUAAUGUUUUAUGAAAACGUGUGUUCGAUUCCGUUUCAGGAGUGGGUGGACACCGGUCGUGUAACCCUGGUUGCUCUUCAUCGGCGUUGGCAUUGUCAUGCAGAAGGCAGAGGAGAUGGCGACUGGAACUGAGUGCACAUUACUUGUUGCUGUCAAGAUUCCCAAGAAUUCCAAUCGAACACUAGCAUUGAAAUAGGGUGCACUCAGUGUGUUUUUACCAGCACGUUUGCUUGUAGAUGUGCCGAUCGUGAACAUCUCCCCGCGUUCCCUUGAUUGUGAGGAUGGUGUAUGAUGUACUGAAAACAGGAGAGAAAGGGUCCUUCCCAAGUGCCCUAUUGGUCGCAGUUUUGCUUUCUGUCCCCCUACAGUACGUACCAAGGUUUUAUUGGGGACGGAGAGCUUGCAUCAUGGCACAAGAAUCAGGAGCAGGUUGGGACACUUCUACCGAGCGGCUGGAAGAGGAGGAACCACGUAGCAACGGGCGGAGUAGCAGCAUCUCCAGUAUGAUAGUCUACCUUUCGUCGUUCUUCAUUCGAAGACCAGGUGUAUAUGCUUUCUCUCCGCCUUUGUUGCCUUGGCAUGGGUUAGGGUAUUGUCUACCUCGACCUGGAGCUCGUCAUCUCUGAGUGCCUUUGAUAUUGACCACUUUUUCUCGAGCCGAGCUGCUCUCGUUACAGAUCAAGUUGAUAUUUUCCGUUGGUAGCCCUAAGUAGCCAGUCUACGUGCUUCAAUGUACCACCGGAGUUGUGCGAGUGAUGACAACCCCCGCGUUCAUAUCUCGAUUUCUCACAACCAAGAGCGUGCGAAAACCGACCGAAAUGUCCAACGGGCAGCUGUGGACGAGAUCUUUCAAGCGCACACCCUUUU